GACACAAGGAUCUGUACAAGGAGGCCAUGAUGGAGGAGCACCAGCCUCUUAUAUCACAAGAAAAUACCAGUAAAAAUUGUAAUGGAAAUGUUAUAUUAUCACUAAAUUGUAAAGCAGAAGAUGAGGAUACCAUGCAGCAUCCUUCAGGAGAAACUCUCAUUACCCUUAAUGUACAUCCAGGACUUCACAGAACAGAUGUAUCUUAUAAUCUCCAUAAUCAUGAGGAACCUCAAGGGGAUAAAAGAUUUCAAUGUGGUAAAGACUUCAGUAAAAGAUCAAUACAUUCUACACACAGAAUUCUUCCAGUUAAAAAGCCAUACUCCUGUUCAGAAUGUGGGAAGUACUUUACAUUAAAAUCAAGUCUUGUUAGACAUGAGAAAAUCCACAAAGAAGAGAAGCCAUACUCCUGCUCAGAAUGUGGUAAAUGGUUUAUAGAGAAAUCAAAAUGUGUUAAACAUGAGAGAACUCACACAGAAGAGAAGCCUUACUCCUGUUCAGAAUGUGAGAAAUGCUUUCUUAGGAAAUCACUUCUUGUUAUACAUCAGAAAAGUCACACAGGGGAGAAGCCAUAUUCCUGUUCAGAAUGUGGGAACUGCUUCACAUUAAAAUCAAGUCUUGUUAGACAUGAGAAAAUUCACAAAGAAGAGAAGCCAUACUCCUGCUCAGAAUGUGGUAAAUGGUUUAUAGAGAAAUCAAAACUUGUUAAACAUGAGAGAAGUCACACAGGAGAGAAACCAUAUUCAUGUUCAGAAUGUGGGAAAUGUUUUACAGAUAAAUCAACUCUUGUUAGACAUGAGAGACGUCACACAGGAGAAAAACCAUUUUUAUGUUCAGAAUGUGGGAAAUGUUUUACAGAUAAAUCAACUCUUGUUGCACAUUGGAGAAUUCACACAGGAGAGAAACCUUAUUCAUGUCCAGAAUGUGGGAAAUGUUUUACAGAGAAAUCAAAUUUUGUUACACAUUGGAGAACUCACACAGGAGAGAAGCCAUAUUCAUGUCCAGAAUGUGGGGAAUGUUUUACUACUAAUAUCAAACUAAAGGAUCAUCAGACAUGUCACAUAGGAGAGAAGCUGUUUUGAUGUUUUAUAUAUUGAAAAUGUUUUAUGAGGCAAACAAAUUCCAAAACUCAUCGACUCAGAAGAAACCUUAUUAUUUUUUUGGAAUAUAGGAAAUAUUAUAAGAGCAAAAAUAAAUGUUAACCCUAGUUAUUCAUAGACAGGUAAGUAACUGGGGCUACAUAGUAACAUGUGUUCCACAACAGUAAGAAAAGUUGCACAAUGUGUCUGCAACUUGACAAAUUGGCCAAAAAUGUGCUGAAUUGCCAAAAUGUCAGUCAAGUUGCACUGGCACCUGACUUGUAUUGUGUUCUAUGAUGGCAAAGUCGCAUAUGACCUGCAACCACACAUCCAAGUGUCAUGGCAUAUAGCGUGUCACAUUGUGACCAU